CAUAACGAAACUAGGAGAUCGUACGGUAGAAGUUGAGUAUAUAAUAUGACUGGCUCUAUUGAUUAUAAGGCUGCUUAUUUUUUUUCGGUCUUCUUGUCUCUCCGAUUGAACUUUCGAGGCAAAGUUGAGACGCAAUAGUAAUCGACAUGUUGCCUAAAUACUCAGACCCCCUAUACCAAGCAGCCCACGAAGAGGCCUUCUCAAAACCGCUCGAUGCAAAGAUUGAGACGGUUCUGCCUCCAGAUGUAUCCCAAGAAGAUUUUACUUUAGCUUUAGAGCAAAUCACGGCCGCCUUGGGAACUGAUGCUGUUUUUACUGGUGAUGGCCUAAAGGACUACGUUGACCCUUACGAAAUUCCCGAAGCCGGACAUGAAAGGAGUGUUCCGAGUGCUGCAGCUUGUCCAUCUUCGGUAUCGGAUAUUCAGGCCGUUCUAAAGAUCGUAAACAAGUAUAAAAUCCCGGUGUGGACUUUCUCUAGGGGGAAGAACUUAGGAUAUGGAGGGCCCGCACCGCGCGUCCCCGGGUGUAUCGCUUUGGAUCUACAUCGGAUGGAUAAGAUCAUAGAAGUAAACGAAAAGUUCAGCUUUGCCGUCGUCGAGCCUGGAGUUACCUUUGGGGACCUCUAUGAGUAUUGCAAGAAGAAUAAGCUCAAAGUCUGGCCGAGUACGGCAUCUCUUGGAUGGGGUAGUGUCAUUGGCAAUGCUCUCGAUAGAGGCCUGGGAUUCAUUCCGACCGGCGUCCACCAUGAAAAUAUUGUUGGUAUGGAAGUUGUUCUUGCAGAUGGCGACAUCGUUAGAACAGGUCAAUUCGCUAUGUCUAAUUCCCCUUCUGCGCAUAUAACAAAGUUGACCUUCGGACCUACAAUCGAUGGGCUCUUCUUACAGAGCAAUCUCGGUAUAGUGACUAGGAUGGGCGUCAACUUGACACCACAGCCCCAGGCAUACAUGGCUUGCUCGUUCGACGCGCCCGAGUUUGAUCACAUCGAGGGCAUAGUUGACGUCUUUGGAGAACUACGACGUAAUGGCACUCUGCCAUACAUGGUCUACGUCUUCUACAUCGCAGAAUGGGCCACCAUGUUCGGCAAGCAUUCGGAUUGGUGGGGAGGGGAGGGGCCUAUCCCUGACUGGCGACUGAAAGAAAUGCAGGAGGACUUAGACGUUGGUAUCUGGACCGUGAAAUUUGGACUUUACGGGCCGACGAAUAUUAUCAAGGCUCAGUUCGAAGAAGUGGAGAGAUUUAUCACAAAGAAGGGCCUCGUCGGUCGUCUUCGCCAAACUUUGUUUACCGGAGAGAACGAAGAAAGCCUUUUGGAAGCAGCUGCUGUCUCCCCGCUCUACGGCGGCGUCAGAGUUGGAAUCCCAAGCAUGUGGAAUAUACCGAUGGUGAACUAUUAUAAUCGCCGAGACGAUUCGGUCGGAGCACAUGGAGCAUACUCUCCCAUCGUACCACUGGACGGGAAGACGGUGCUCGAAUGGGCCAGGACAGCCAAAGGCAUUUGCGCGGAACAUGGAUUCGACUUCUUAUGCGACUUUUUCAUGCACGAUCGAUACGCUAUUUUUGUCACGAUGCUCUGCUUUGACAAGACCAGCCCAGAGCAGCGAAUUGGCGUAGAUGAAGUAUUCCGUAACCUAUUUAAAGAAGGUAGCAAGCGAGGCUUCGCCAAGUAUCGGGCGCACAUCAAUCAUAUGGAUUUAAAUGCGGAACUUUUCGAUUUUAAUAACCACGCCUACCGUCGCUUCGUCGAGAAGUUAAAGGAAUCACUCGAUCCUAACGGUAUUCUGUCGUCCGGGAAAAUGGGAAUCUGGCCAGAGAGGUUGAAAAGGAUAAGAACCGAUAGUUGAGCUAUUAUGUAACAUGAUGAAAAGGAGGAAUACUAUGUAUUUCGUGAUUGAGUGUAAAUAUGAUAGAUCAUUUUUAUCCCUAAAAGGUUCGUGUUGCAUUUUACAACCAACUGUACUACAAUGUAGGUAACCCGGCCACAUCGUUAUAGGCAUAUCAGCACAGACAUUUUAU